AUGAGCGUUCUUGGGGAUGACUUGUGGGCGGAAGAAGAGGAGGCCGAGGAGGGAGGGGAAGGGGAGGGGGAGGAUGCGGUCGGGGACUGGGCGCACCAGUUGCGCCUGGAGCAGGAGUUUUUGCGCGGGAAGGCGCAGGACAGGGAGCGCGAGCGGGAGAGGCGGCGGGGGGCGCAGAGGGACAAGGCGGGGGAAAAAGCGCUGCCGGGGCAACAGCAGGGAGAGGGGGAGGGGAAGGAUAACCAGGAGGGAGUUGCGCCCGGCGCGGUUGGUCUCGGGGCGGAGGGGGAGGGGAAGGCGGAGGGGGAAGGGGAGGCGGAAGCCGGCGCUGCUACUGGCGGAGUUCCCGAAGGCGCUGAUGAUCAGGAACGGGCGGAAAAGGAGAAGGAGCAGGCGGGGAGGGAGCGUUUGGAGAGGGAGAGAAGGGAACGCGAAAGGAUGGAAAGAGAGAGGGCGGAGAGGGAGCGGGUGGACAGGGAACGUCUGAGGAGCCAACAGAAGCUUCUAGAAGAGGCUAUAGUGGAGAUGAAGCGCAUGAGGGGAGAGCAGAUCGCGAUGGGGCGGGAGCUGAGGCGCGCGCGGAACACCAAGGAGGCGGCCAAGCAGGCGUUCGGAGAGCUGAAGAAGCAGGAACACAUGCUGGCGCAGGCGCGCGUGCAGCUGUCGCUUCUGGAGGGAGUCAACAAGGCGCAGACGGAGGAGAUCUCGCCACACCUUCCCCACCGCUUCCCACCGCCUCCCACCGAUCCCAACCCUUCCCACCGCUUCCCACCACUCUCUCCUCCCCUCCGUCAGGUGGUGGCGCAGGAGCACAUGCUGGCGCAGGCGCGCGUGCAGCUGUCCCUGCUGGAGGGGGUCAACAAGGCGCAGACGGAGGAGAUCUCGCGCCUCUGGAUGGCCGCCACUCAGAACCAACCCGGGCUCGCCCCUGUCACGGGCCUUGCUGCUCCCCCUGGUACCGUCAUGGGGUCUGAUACGCGGUUCUUUGCCACUUCUGCCGGUGGUUUUGGCGGUGCUGGUGGUGCUGGUCGUGACGGUAUAGCCAUGAAGGAGCGGCCAGUGCGCACCCUCCUGCAAAUCGCCUGGAGCCCUGCAAACAACAUUGGCGCGCUCGCCAAGGCGAAGUUUAAGGAAGCAAACGGAGGAAUGGCUGUGGGGCAUCCAGGGGACAUGCAGUGGGACGACGUUCUCAAAGCCCUGGAGGAGUAUAUUCGGCUGGGGUCACUGGAAUUCGCUAAGUACCAGCUCAUGUUUGGUUUUAAGGAAAAGGCAGUGUAUCGUGCCCGAAGCAGAUUGCAGGACGGGCGGACCCAAGCCAGGCUGCUAUCCGCGGCGCAUGAUGAGGCUCGGCAGCAGCUGAUGGAGGGGACGUUGGAGUUUGAGGCGCAUGCUUUGGCGUCUUCUGUGGCGGCCAGCGUGCGGCAGCUUCUGGGAACCGUGGAAGACGAGAAGCACGAGGAUGAGGACGAGGAAGCGGCAGUUCAGUCGUUGAUCGCGUCAGCCGCGGCUAACGCGGAGAAUGCAGCGAGGGAAGCGGAGAGGGAGGUGAUUCAAGCCCAGACGAAAGCGGCUGAAGGUCUCCCCCCUGUCGCUGACCCUGCUGCCGGCGCUGCUGCUGCUGCUGCGGGUGUUCCUGGAGGUGCGGGUAUAGAGGGUGGGGUUGGGAUGGAUGGGGUAUACGCUGCAGGGGAGAUGGGCGCAGGAGGGGAGGGCGAUGGGGUGAUUCGGCGGAAGCCUGGGCGGCCGCGGGGAGGGGGGGCUGCGCUGGCGAUAGGAAACGGGGAUCUCCCCGCGCUCUCCCGUGUGCGCAUCCCCAAGAUGCCCACCCUCCCCGCGUCCGCGCAGCAGGCGAAUGGGGAGGGGAAGAAGAAGAAGAGGAAGAACCGGGGGAGGGGGAGGGGGGCUGCGGAAGGGGGCGGGGGGGGAAGGGGCGGAUGA